AUGGAGGGCAAAAUGGGGAUUUUGUUUCUGAUUGUGUUGGGUGCUGUCUGGGUUUGUGAUGCAAGAGAAUUAGUGAACUCUGAAUUAAACAGAAAACCAGACGUGUGUUCACUUUGUGAGGAAUAUACAACUCAGGUACUUGAUUAUCUACAAGAUAACGACACUCAGGUAGAGAUCAUUGAUUCACUUCACAAUAAAUGCCAUCAACUCCGGUCUUUAAACCAGGAGUGCGGUAAAUUGGUGGACUAUUAUGCUCCACUUUUCUUCUCAGAAAUAGCUCCAAUGAAGCCCGAUGAAGUCUGCGAGAAGUUCAACCUUUGUGAGUCUGCAAAGAUUUCUUCACAAGUUCAUAGAAAUAAUAGCUGCGGCCUUUGCAAAGAUACCAUUGCAGCCUUAUUGGCUGAGUUGAAUGAUCCUGACACUAAGCUAGAGAUAUUAGAGAAACUACUGAAGGCGUGCGAUUCUGUGGAGAAGUACAAGAAGGAGUGCAAGAAGGCAGUUUUUGAGUAUGGACCUUUGAUUCUAGCUAAUGCAGAGAAGUUCCUGAAGACAACAGAUAUAUGCACUGCAUUACAUGCUUGCUCUGCAUCCACUAUUGUUAGUCAAGAAGCUACAACCAUGGAAGAAUCACCAUUGCUUUCUGACUCUUAA